AGUGCGCGCGCCGACUCCACAUACCCCCGUAGCCCGGUGUCGGUGGCGCACGGCGGUGGUGCUCGCUGCUCGGCUCGGCCGCUUCAUACGGACACAAGCGCAAGGGAGGGAAAAGGAAACAAACAAACCAAAGCAAAGCGAAGCAUGAUGGUCGGCGGUCCGUGCGCGCGCAAGUCGGCUCGCCGCUCGCGCUCCGCGCUGAUCGCCGCGCUCACCGUGCUGCUCGUGCAGACGCUCAUCGUGUGGAACUUCAGCAGCCUGGACUCGGGGGACGCCGGGGAGAACGGCGGCGGAGGUGGUGGUGGAGGUGCUGGAGGCGGUGGUGGAGGCGCAGGCAGGGAGAAGAGAGACCGGCUCGGCAUGAACAAAGCGUACGGCGAAUAUACGAGAAGCAGGAGGCAGCAGCUCGGGAAAGGGACCCUGCGCCACAAGCGGCAAUCGGAAGUCUACUACUCGCAGAGUCCCAAGGAGAAGGUCCGUGUGGACAGCAACAAUGAGAACUCUGUGCCCAAAGACUUCGAGAGCAUCGACAACAGUAACUCCGCGUCACGUCUCCAGAUGCAGCGCCACACCUCCAAAAAGCGGCAGCAAGAGACACCUGAGAAGGCCAAGGGCUCCAACGAGCUCGUCCACUACGGCCUGAACCAUACUGGGGUGAGGCUCCAUCGUGACUCCGCCCUCACACCGCUCCCUUCACGGAAUCACAACCAACGGGCCAAGAAGACGGUCAUCGCUACAUCCGAGAUCAAAUAUGACCAGCCGCCCAAAUGUGAGAUCACAGGCAAGGAGGCCAUUUCAGCUCUGUCUCGCGCUAAAACCAGUGAGUGCAGACAGCAGAUUGCUGAGGUGUACUGUCGACACAAAGACAGGCAGCUCAUGCCUGAGAAAGUCACUCGCUACUGCCCCCUAGAGGGUAAGGCGAGUGUGAACGUGCACUGGGAGGAGGACUCCAUGGAGACAGUGCCGGCUGUACCUGUGCGUAUCGCCUUCGUGCUGGUGGUCCACGGCCGAGCCUCGCGCCAAGUGCAGCGUCUCUUCAAGGCCAUUUACCACACGUCACACUUCUACUACAUCCAUGUGGACCAGCGCUCAGACUACCUCCACAGACAGAUGCUAGCACUGGCUAAGCGCUACCCGAACGUCCGCGUGACGACUUGGCGCAAGUCGACGAUCUGGGGCGGAGCCAGUCUCCUCAGCAUGUACCUGCAGAGCAUGACGGACCUGCUGGCCAUGAGCCACUGGCCCUGGGACUUCUUCAUCAACCUGAGCGCUGCCGACUACCCCAUCAGGACUAAUGAUCAGCUGGUGGCUUUCCUUUCCAAGUACCGCAACAUGAACUUCAUCAAGUCUCAUGGGAGAGAUAAUGCUCGAUUUAUCAGAAAGCAGGGCCUGGACCGGCUCUUCUAUGAGUGUGACACACACAUGUGGCGCCUGGGGGACAGGAAGAUUCCAGAAGGCAUUGCUGUGGAUGGAGGCUCUGAUUGGUUCUUGCUAAAUCGUGCCUUCGUGGAGUACAUCAUCAACUCCGCUGACGACUUGGUCACCAGCAUGAAACGCUUCUACGCUUACACUCUCUUGCCAGCCGAGUCGUUUUUUCACACUGUGCUAGAGAACAGCCCUCACUGUGAGAGCAUGGUGGACAACAACCUGCGUAUCACCAACUGGAACCGAAAACUAGGCUGCAAGUGCCAGUAUAAGCACAUUGUGGACUGGUGUGGCUGCUCCCCCAAUGACUUCAAACCGUCUGAUCUUCCCCGCUUCCAGCAAACGGCUCGGCCCACGUUCUUUGCACGCAAGUUUGAGGCCAGCGUGAAUCAGGAGAUUGUGAAUCAGCUGGAUGCCUUCCUGUUUGGAAGUUAUCCUCAAGGAAUGCCAGGACUUAAAGCCUACUGGGAAAACAUAUAUGAUGAACCUGAUGGUGUCCACAGCCUCAGUGACUCACUUCUCACCCACUACCAUGCCUUCGCCCGCCUCGGCCUGGCACGAGCCACAAACUCCCUGCAAGGAGACGCCAGUGACAACCGUUGUAGGUACUUUGCUAUGGGACAUAUUGUGGCUGUCCAUAUAUACUUCCUAUAUGACGAGUUCCAGGGUUAUCUGGUGAAGCAUCACGCGACCAAUCUGGCUACAAGCAAGCUGGAAACUCUGGAGACCUGGGUGAUGCCUAAGAAGUUCUUCAAAUUCACCAACCCACCAAACAACUUUAACAGGCUGCAAUUUGCUGAGAUUGGGACAGACUGGGAUGCUAAGGAGAGAAUUUUCCGCAAUUUUGGUAAUCUGAUGGGGCCUCUGGACGAGCCGGUGGGGAUGCAGAAGUGGGCUAAAGGGUCCAAUGUGACAGUGACGGUGGUGUGGAUUGACCCUACUAACGUGAUCGCUGCUACCUAUGACGUCUUAAUCGACUCCACUGCAGAGUUCACACACUACAGGCCUCCGCUGAACACACCACUGCGGCCAGGGAUGUGGACGGUCCGAGUGCUGCACCAUUGGAACCCUGUGGCCGAAACACACUUCCUCGUCACACCGCUUACACACCACAAACACCUGCCCAUCCGCCAAGAUGAUGCCUUGAAAAUGCACAACGGUCCAGCUAAGAACAGCUACAUGGAGCAAAGCUUCCAUGGGCUUAACCCCAUCCUGAACAUCCCAGUGCAUUUAGGCCAGGUGGAGGAGGCGGAGCGUAAUGCUGGGCUGACGGGUAUGAGGUUAGAGCGCUGGGUGGACAACCUGGUUGGUGAGGCAUGGGCAGCUGCAGACAUUUGCUCAGCAACCCCCUCUGGCUGUCCUGUCCUGCAGUCAUGCAGAGACACAGCAUGGAGCUCAGUCAGCCCCGAUCCCAAAUCACAGCUUGGGCUUCCCAAAGCUAAUGGCACCAUAAGGUAGCAGGAACGCCACCACUGCCCUGCAUCUCCUGCUGCAUCGUCAUUGUUUGGCUGUUGAUAUUUUUUAAUUAUUUAUUUCUUUCUCAUUGCUCAGAAGAAUCUGAGCCGUACGGCCCUUUCAGGCGAGGGGUGAGACAGCAAACACUGAGGAAUUUUUUUAAAGCAGACCUAUAUGAAGUGGUGUUUCAGACUCAUAAUUAUGAGUGCAAUUGAGCUUUUUUCUAUUUAUUUAGGUUUGAGAAUGGAAAUAACUGUGAUCAAAAUUUUUGUUAAACUUGAUCAAACAAAUUUGAAAAUUAAGAUGCCUUUUGCAUGGACUUUGCUGGGGACAUUUGCAAGCACAGAACGGACCUCAACAUAGGUACUGUGACCAAAAGGGAUGCAUUUAGAGUAAGCCUUUUUAUCUAUGGCAACACAGGUGUGUGUAUAUAUAUAUAUAUAUAUAUAUAUAUAUAUAUAUAUAUAUAUAUAUAUAUAUAUAUAUAUAUAUAUACACACACACACACACACACACACACACACACACAUUACCCCCACAGACUCAGUGCAGAUGUUUCCACGAAAUGCUAAACUGUGGCAUUAAAGGCUACGAGAUGGGAGUCUUCAGCUGCUCACAGUCGGUAAGGCACUUUGCCCCCAGCCACAGCGGCCCUUCAUGGGCUGGUCUAUAGGAGUGAACGUUGAGUUAAUUGCCAAGUAGAGUUAAGCUGGGCCACACUCCACAUUUCCACGAGUGCAGGAGCCUAAAGCAGAAUGUGUGUGGGAAGGUUCUUGGAACUGCCAGGCUGUCUGUCUGUUUCUAUCUGUCUGUCUCUAUCUGUCUGUCUCUGUCUUUCUCUCCUGGCUUUUUCGAACUCUUGACUCUACAGCUUGCCUGCAGGCUGCCUGACUUGAAAUGGAAAGUGUCAGCUGUGCUGGCACACAAAGGGAGAAGAAAAUAUAAUAAAAAAUGAUUUUAUUCUUUUUACUUUAUUUUCCCUGAAGCAGAGGAUUUACUGUAUAGGGUAAGGGUACUGAGUUGGCUAUUUAUUCAUGUGUUUAUAUAAAUGAAAUAGCUAUUUUUUUAGUCAAUGACUAAUGUCUAUAUGCUGUUUUUUGCAGCUCAAUCAAUACCUUUUUGUAAAAACAAGCUGCCUUUAUUUACAAAGGCCAUUGACCCAACGUGACUAGAUUAAAAUAAACACAAUGCAGGAUUAUCGUCAGCAUUAACGUUGCACCCUCCCCGACUAGACCCGACAGCAGACCGGUGAUCUUUCUGUACUGUCUCAAGAAUAAUUGAAUCUGCUCAUCUUACUCAAUUACGGCCCCAAAACUGGUUGAAGCCACUUUCACGAUGACGUCACCGGUACCCAUAGCUACUCUGAACCGUCCUAUAAGGCACGACAGUUCCACAGACGUCACGUUUCACAAGGAUGGGGUGUUCACCUUAAUAAUAAAUCACAGGGCCACGCCCAUUUUCUGACUGCUUGGGGCAUAUUUUUAGCAGAGAAGAAGAUUGCAAGCUUUCUGGACUCCACCUUUUCACCAAACUGAGAUUUUCCUCCAUUUUUAUACCGAUUUAAUGGUUCCACAUUAAUUGCAUCAGACUCUGAUUAAGAAUUUAUGUACGAGCAGAAGCAUGGGCGUCUCCUAAGAUGAGCAGGUCGGGCUGUUCUCCUCUGUAUGCAACCCAGAUCAUCGUCCAGUCCUCUGAGGUCAUGUCCAAUACAAAAGUGAAGAUCAGGAUUUCAGUGUUGUGACAGGGUUUGUUUUGUUGAAUUUCCAGUGAAGCACUCGUGUCAUUUUGUGAGGUUUUAAUGGUAUCAAAGCUUUUCUGCAGAAAUCCCAUUCUUAAAAUGCUAGUGGUGUUAACAAGAGUAUUGUAGACAUUGUCACAUUUCUAAUUUAAGACCUUAAGACUUGACAGCAAGAGAGAAUUCAUCCUUUGGAUGUUUUUUUUUUAAAUAAAGAGUAUAACGUGUGUGGUUAUACAGUAUGUGUGUAUUUAAGAUUGUAAAACUGCACAACUGUUUUGAAAAAAACCUUUUAAAGAAAUCAGUCUACCGUCAUUUACCUCUUUUUAAUGACAAUUACCGUUCACAUCAAACCUUAUUUAAAACUCACUUCUACAUAGUCUUAUGUACUAUAGCUAUUUUGAUAGGAAUGAUAAUGUAAUUUUUUUGUAUUUGACAGAUGUUUUUAAAGUAUUAAAAAAGUGUUCAGAGUCUCAGUUGCAAUGAAUGGCUCUGGAGGGGGGAAAAAAUGUAAUGUGACAGCGUGGAAGGCUAGCGAGACAAAAAAAGUCUGACUGUGUGAUUUAUAAAGCUCUUAAUGAUCAUUUUGCCUUUCAUAGAGUUUCACAGCAAAUUGUUGUUGUCAGUGCUGGAAUGUUUUGUUGGGCAACUGUUGCACAAUUUAUUCUGAAUCCCCGGCUCUCUCUCCGGCAGGAGGUAGCCUGCGUGCCUUAGCUUCUCUCCCGUCUAAGGAACUCCCAACCUUCUGUGUGUCAACGUCAAGCCAAAAGAAAAAGAAAUUAAUUCUCUGCUGGUGUAAAAUGCCUUCUGUAUUGCAGCUCUGUUGUCGCUCUCUUUUUCCCCACGACUGAAUUUUAUUUGAAUUAAAAAAAAAAGAAAUCA